AAGACCUUGGCUUUUCUUAGCAGACCAGACUUUUCAGUCUCGACAGCCAAGUUUUGACGUUAUUGCCUUCAACUAACUUCGUCGCGGUUUUGUUGUAUCUUUUUAAGUAAUUUGCUGCAGGCCUAAAACAAAUCAUGGAGGAUGACUGGGAAGUGGAGAAGUAUAGGAAUAAGUUUGAACCUGAUGAACAAUGGGAACUGAAAAAGAAAUUCAUGGAAACUCACAAAAGUCUUUUCCCCGAAGAUCGUGUGGUCUGCCUUGCCCAAGUUCUAGUGAACAUGGAAUUUUUAGGAACAAAAUACCCUGCUGAAACAAUGAAAACUGUUGCAGAACUGUCAGAAGAAAUUGUCGGUGAAUUUAGAGAAAGGCAAAAGACAAGGUUGCAGAGAACAUUUGUUGGAGCUGCUGCUGCAGCGAGUGCCAAAGUCAAUCGAAGAUAGCCAUGGUUUCACCUGCUUCAUGAUUUACUAUUUGUAAUAACCAAAGUUGACAACAUUUCACCUAACUAUUGCAAUGUAUCAUCAAUGGAUGUAAAGUCUGAUGCAGAGUCAGUUAACUCUAAACCAUACAUUGUAUAUUUCUACUUA